UUAUCUAUACUUGCGUCGUCGUAAUAUUCCCGCUUUUCACAAAAAAUUUAAAUUCGAUAUUAUUGCUUUUCAAUUUAUUGAAUUUGAUAUGGAUGUGAUUGAACAUUUGAAAACAGUGUCCAAUUUAAAUCAGUAUAUGCAAGUAUCUCAAUAUGUUGUAUCUAAUUUUGCAAGUUCUAAAAUAGAAUUAAACAUGUCGACAAUACAAGCAUUAAACAAAAUAAAAUCAUUUGAAAUUGAGUAUUUCAAUAAAUACGAGGAGAACGGUGCUGGUAUUAAAAUAUUUGAUCUUAUGUUGCUUAAUCCGCCGUCAAAAACAUGGGAUUUACUUGGAAAAGAACUAAUUUUACUACUACAGUACUGGCUAAAUGCUUUGCGCAAGCAUCUGAUUAUUCAUAAUAAUAACUGGUGGCCGUUCUUGCAAUCGAUACUGAAGUUUGUAAAGGAAUUAGGUUUAAAAGAGAGUAAGCUUAAUGAUAUAAUAGUAAAGGAAACAGCGGAGUGUCUACUUGAUCUGGCUACUUAUACAAAGCCUGAUAUCAACCAACGAUAUAAGAUCCUUUGCGCUUUGAACGCAUGCGGCGUCGCUUGCAGCAGGGAAAUUCGUGUUGCGUUGAGAGGUCAAUUUGAAGUAUACUUUAUAAAACUGGCAGCAUUGUUAUCAUCAUGUGGUGAUGCGUCAGUCCAGUACAGUAUAAUGGAAACCCUACUUCGUUGGUUGUUGCCUCGAUAUGUGAUAGAAGUGAGACGAAAUGCGGCUGUAAAAUGGUUCCCCAGCCACUUAUAUGACAAGGAAACUGUUACUAUGUUUGUUGAGAGACCUUGGAGGGAUUUUUUUCAGGAUACAAGAGACUUCCUCAACGCACACAAUGCUCGUAGCGAUCUGAUUACAUCUGUUAUUUGUAAGAAAUUAAUUAUCGGACAAAUUGUUGUCAUUACAGGUUCGGAGAAAUGUUACAAUUGGCUAGACAUCAACACAAGUACAAAAUGUCUAACUGUGAUGUUGGAGCCAAGGCUGCUGCGUGUUUUAGGCUGUGGAUUACACGCGGAGGCUUGUGAGGCACUCGUUAUAAACGAAGUUAAUACUGACGCGGCGAAAUUACGAAAAAUAGCUCAGGAAGUAUCAAUAUUUGUGAGGACAUUAGAACCAGCACAUUUGAUACCGUCUGCAGUCAGCCUUACCACUGAAAACUGUAAAGAAAUAAAAAUUGUAAUCAGCUCAAAAUGCGAUAUGGGCAAAGUUGAUUCAGCAUUACGAAGAAUAUUCGCUAAUAAAUAUCAGGUACUUUUCGACAUUGAAAAUGGUAUCCCUAUAUCUCCACAAAAGAACAACAAUAAUCGUCAAGAUACGUCUGAGGAAGAUACGACAUUCUCUAUUCCUUCUGAACGUGUAAAGAGAAUAAGAACAGGAUACGUAGUAAAAUCGAGGACUAUUGGAUCUGAGGUUUUGGCAUCUUCGGCAUCGACGACUUCCUUAGCACAGCUUCACGAAAAGUUAGAAGAAUUACCGUAUUAUGAAAUCAAACACGAUCGUAUGAAAAUUCCUUAUCCCGGUUUAUCGAGGAUCACUGAAGCAUCAGAGUCGGAUGCGGGCAGGAGUUGUGAAAGUAGCACAUUCAAAUUUAAAUCUUUUGGUGUAUGUCAAAAGAGUACUUUUACACAAGCAGAAAAAUCUAAAAGUAAAGAAGUAAAAACAAAACUCAUAUCACCAGCUGGAACUGAUGAAGAAAAUAGUGUUAGUUGUUUAUUCGUAGCUACUAUCGGAUCCGCUGAUGAAUCAGUUAUCAAUGACACUUUAGAAAGAUUACCUAAAAAUAGAAAUCCAGAAAAUAUCAUCGAUGUUUUAGUACAAGAAGCUUUUAAUGCGAAAAAUGCUAACGAUAGAAAAGACAAUUCAGAGGUUCCUAGGGAAAGUGAUAAUAUUCCUAAUAAACCUAUUUUAAGUGAUAUAAAUAAGAUAAAUAACAAAAAAAGUUGCACAAUAAUUAGUAAUUCAACUUCUGAAGAAAUUGUCGAAGGCACACAAUUUAGUAAUAUAAUAUUCGAGAAGAGAAAUAUUAAAGAGAAAUACAUUAUGAAAGAAUCAGAUAUAUAUCCAGUUAAAGUUUCAAAUGAUAAAGUGGAAGAAUUUUUUUCACAACAUUUUAAUAAUAAUCCUGUUACUGUUAGUCCUACUUUAGCGAGACAGCAUAAUGAAACAGAAUCAGAGCCGAGUGAAGAAGAAAUUCGUCAGAUAGAGGAUAUGAUAGCAAAUGACUCCAAUAUAGACGAAGACGUUGAAUUGUGCUUGAAAUUUAUUAUAGACACAAUAUGCAAUGAGUUUGAAAUAUAUGAAGAAUUGCAUGAAACAUCAAUACUAGAUAAAGAUUAUAGUAUUCAAGACAAACCACAAGAAAACGAAGAAAACACAAUUAAAGAUGCAGACGAUUUCAAAAGUCCUACAACUAAAGAUAAAUCAAUUAAAAAUAUAACAUUGAAAUUUAAAAAUCCCAAAAAACCCAAUGCAAAGAAAACACAAAGAAAAUUAAAAGUUAAAUCCAUUGAAAAUACACAAAUAUCAAAUAAUUUAGAAGCUAAAAGGAAUGCGAAUGUGAGUUGCUCCGAUACUUCCAAUAAUAUAGAAGAAAAUAAUAAAAAAGUUAAACGUACUUUACGAAACAAGCGUAAAUUGUAUUCACCGAAAGAUGAUGUGUUUGAUGAAACUGAAAAUAUAAAUAAAGUCGUACAUAAUACAAAAACAUAUAAUAAAACAAGUCCUAUAAAAGAAAUUAAGAAAUAA